CCGAACAUCCGCCGCCGCCGCCGCAGCAGCAGUCUUACGCUCUAGUAACACACAAAAUACAAUAUCACGAUAUUCACUAUUCACAGUGAAUAGUGAUAGAAAAAACAUUAGAAAAAAAAAAACGGGAUAAAAAUAUCGUAGACAAAAAAGAAGACUGCGGUAAAACGUUAAAUCGAACGCGUUCCGUUUUUCCAACUUAUCACCCGUCGUCGGGCACACCGUUUUGGACUCGUCACCGUGUUAUUUGUUGUUCUUCCCGUUACCGACUUUUGUGUUAUUAAAUUUUUAUUGUUUCUCUGACGCCGCCGCCGCCUAUUGCUGGAUAACGACGUUUUAGUCCCAAUCCCGUUGAUUCCGAUAUCGCGCACUGCACGCACUACCUAUAUCGGGCCCGAUAGAAUACCGCGUCGUCCACUGGCGGUUGAUACCAACACGGAUGUCCAUCUGAAAGGAAUUUAGAUCUCUCACGAACGUGGCGUUUACUGUAAAAUCAUAAUUUAUCGCCACAGACGUCGUCCCAUUAAUGUGCUGAGCGAAAUGAUUGAAAACCGUAAUGCGACAGUAGUUGAGCCUGCACAUCAAGAUUUGGCCUGAACAUUCGCUGCCCUCUGUCACCGGUCCGUUGUAAAUGUUCACUGAUAAUCAAUCACUAUGGGAAAGCUGCUUUCCAAAAUUUUUGGUAACAAAGAGAUGAGAAUACUUAUGCUUGGUUUGGAUGCAGCUGGAAAAACAACUAUCUUAUACAAAUUGAAAUUGGGUCAAUCUGUAACGACAAUACCAACAGUUGGCUUCAAUGUAGAAACAGUUAUUUAUAAAAACGUCAAAAUUAAUGUUUGGGACGUUGGGGGUCAAGAUAAAAUACGUCCACUAUGGCGACAUUACUAUACAGGUACACAAGGUUUGAUCUUUGUAGUGGACUGUGCAGAUCGUGAUCGUAUAGAUGAAGCUAAGCAAGAGCUACAUCGGAUAAUAAAUGACAGAGAGAUGAGGGAUGCAAUCAUUUUAAUAUUUGCCAACAAACAAGACUUGACUAAUGCAAUGAAACCACAUGAAAUACAAGAAAAACUUGGACUAACAAGAAUACGGGAUAGAAAUUGGUAUGUUCAACCAUCGUGUGCUACCACAGGAGACGGAUUACAUGAAGGCCUUGCUUGGCUCACAUCAAAUUUUAAACAAUGAUACCAAAGUAUAUCACAAUAUUAUACUUUAAAUAUCAUUAUUAAUUUUUUUAAGGAAGCUUAGGACUAAAAGAAAUUCCAAACGUACAAAUUGAGUACAUUAUUUGUUAAAUAUAAUUAAAAAUGAACAUCAAUAUUUAAACUAUGAUGUCCAUUUUAAUAAUAACUACUCUCAGAGGACUGGCCUAAUAAAAUACUGAAUUAUUCACAGUUGUUUAAAUAUUAUAAAUUAUAAUUUGUAAUGUGUACUGAACAAAAUUGUCAUAAUAUGCUAAAACUGCCUAACUAUCCUUUUGAUGUGUAUAUUUGUAAAUUGAUUCCCAUUCAGUAUCAGUAUACAUAUUAGCUUAAACAAUAAAAAGUAAGCAAUAUUAUUUAUAUAUAUAUAAAUUAAUUAAUAAUUACAUAAUAUUUGUUCUCAAGUUUAGAAUAUUUUAUCUAGGCCUGUAAAUUAGUAUAUUUAAUAUGUACUAAGUAUCAUAAUAUUUUAUACAUAAAUACAGUUCAUAAUGAUUAGGAUCU